AUGGUGAUAUCCGUGUCCGAUCCGGCGGCACUCAAACCACAUGUUGUUAACAUCACUGGUCCGCUAGUCCGAGUUUUGGGUGAUCGUUAUCCGGCCAGCGUCAAACUGGCUGUGCUAGAUGCUUUGAGUAAAUUGUUGGAUAAGGUUGAUACAUUACUCCGUCCUUUCCUUCCCCAGCUACAGUCCACUUUCUUGAAAGCACUGCAAGAGCCGUCAUCACGACCUGUUCGACUUUCAGCCGGUGGGGCUCUUUCGCGUUUGUUACGAAUUCAUAUGAAACCGGAGCCGCUUGUUUGUGAAAUCUUGAAGUUAUUAGCCCAUUCACAGGACCAAUCUCUUCUUGAAACGACGUUUGUUGCUGCUCGUGCUUUAAUUGGUAAACUGACAGCCCCAUUGUCGGAUGCUACCAUUCAAGAAGGGUACCGAGUGUGCGAGCUACAAUAUACGGUACCCGUGGAUACUCCAACUGAGCUGGAUACUUCGCUGACCAUGUGUAGUGGCGCGUUCUAUGGUGAACUUGCCGUUAGGACAAACCAGUUCCAGUCGAAGAACAUCUUUAAAGACGUUGAAACCUGCUCAAAGCCACGCGUUCGUCAAGCUAUGGCCUAUGCUCUGCAGCAGAUGUGUCAGUCUGAUGCAGCUACAGUUUGGUCGGAAGCCCAGGCUGAAUGUCGCUCAGCCAUACAAGCUGCUCUCUCAGCAGACUCUACUGUAGCCUGUUCGGCUUUGCGUGCUGCGGCAUACAUCAUGAUAAGCGAGGGUCUAAGUCCUGACCGAGAACUUCUUUCUGCUGUGGGUCGUGCUUUGAGUCAUCAAGCCGUAGAAGUUCGACGAGUGGCUGCUGUCACACUAAGUCAUGUACUACAUCAAGCUCCUGGCCAGUUGGGGAAUGAUCUCUUGAAGCUCAUAGUCCCACACCUUGUCAAUGGAGCGAAAGAGAGCAACUCUGCAGUUCGCUCUGCUUCUGAAUUGGCUCUAGUAUAUGCAUUCCGCUUCCAGGAGGGGCAGGAUGGAUUUGAUGUAGGUUAUUUUAAUAUGCAGUUUACCUUUUUCAUGGCUUACGCUAAAGCAAGUAUUCGUUCACACUUUUCUUCCUUUGUAGCUUAAAG